GUUUGUGGGCACCUUGAAGCAGCACACCAUCCAGGGGUCUGUCCCCGGAGAUGAGGACCUGAAUGUGGAGCACCUCCAGCUCCUGCUGCUCCUCUUCCACAACCUGUCUGAGAGGGGGAGGCGUGCCGUGCUCACCCUGGUCACCCAGGCCAUCACAGAGGUGGCGGGUCCCCAGCAUCAGGAGGCCCAGCUCAAAGCCGUACCCCUCAACCUGGCCCGCAUACUGCUGGUUCUAGACUACCUGUUGCACCAGUACUCUAAGGUUCCUAUGUACCUCUUCCAACAGGUCCAGUACAAUCUGCUGACCCCUCCGUGGUCAGGCCAGGGUUCAGUCCAGGACGGAUCCAAACGCAGCGCCCUGCCGCUCUACUGCGGCUUUAAAGAGGUGGAGGAGAACUGGUCUAAGCACUGCUCGGCAGAUUCCACAGUAGUGCAACCCAAAUUCUACUGCGUCCUGUCACCCGAAGCGUCAGAGGACGACCGAAGCCGACUCGACAGCAAGGUGUUCCAGAAGCUGUUCAACGGAGUGGUGAAGUAUAAUGAGCUUUACGCCUGUCUGGUCUCCCUGCUCUCUGCCGGCUCUCAGUUUGAUACAGCCAGGAGACAGGAGAACAAGCCCAUCACACCUAUGGAGGCAUGCUCCCUGCAGUACUACUUCCUGGUGCUGUGGAGGAUCCUGGGGAGUCCCUACCCCCUCUAAGGCAUACAUGGAGCAGCUGAAGGAUGGCCAAGGAGAACCCAGCGAGAGUGAC